AGAAGACGGACCAGAGAGCAUUGACCUGCUGAGUGGAUUAAAGAUGGGGGAGCAAGGUGGUUUGCUGGAGGCUAAAAGAGGAGACACGGUGGCCAUAUUGGAUUCCCAGACUGGUGCAGCCAAGAGCCCAGAGGAUGACAUCACAGAGCAGGCUGGGGCCAAAAGCGACAUAGUGGAGAUCAGUGGAUGGGACAGCGUCUUCAACUUCAGGCUGGGGAACAACACUGUUAACCACAACCAGAAACAGACAGUCAAACGCAAAACAACAACCAAACUUAGUCUCCAUGACAACAGACUGGCUGAGACCAGGACAAGGUUUAGAUUUGGUCUGCGGGGACGGGGAGGUGUCAGUAUGGGGCGGGAGAGAACAGACUCGGCUAGCGAUGCUCCAUCCUGCUCCUAUAGUUGUGAUUCAGAGAGACAGAUGGCGCCUCAGGUUACCCCACAAACAGGUGCUGCCUUCAGCCAGCCUUCUAUAGGAUCUAUAAACUGGAACAUGGACCCUGCGACAACACAGACACUCCCUGGCCUUCAUCCUCCUCACACUCUCCUUAUGUUAAACCAGAACUCAGACAAUGCCAGUGCCUCAACACUAAAUGGCUACACAAGCCCAUUGACAAAUAACAGUAGUAGUGACGCUAUCAGUAGAUCCGGUGGCAAAGAGAAGUGCUUCCCAUGUUCAUUCUGUUGGAAAGUCUUCAGUUUCCGCAAACAGAUGGAGAGCCAUCAGAGGAUGCACACGGGGGAGAAACCGUUUGGCUGCCACCUGUGUGAGAAGAGGUUCUCCCACCAGCACCACCUGAAGAGGCACCAGCGGGUCCACACAGGGGAGAAACCCUACAGCUGCCCCCAGUGUGAGAAGAGGUUCUCCCACCAGCACCAUCUGAAGGCGCACCUGAAGGUCCACACGGGAGAGAGGCCAUUCACCUGUACGCACUGCGGGAAGAGGUUCUCAGAGAGGAGCUACCUCAGGAUACACCAGCAGAAAAUGCACAUGGCCCAUGUAUAGAGUAUAGUGACAUGUAAUGUAGUACUAGUUAGUUAGUUAGUUUAGUUAAUUUUGUUGGUUUAGGAUGUAGUAGGGAACUGGAUGAGGUGAACUGAGAAAAGAAUGAGUAUGAUGAGGCAGAGUAGAUGAUAUAGUUGGUGGGAUGGUGUCUGUAACAAUUCUUCACUGAUGUAAAAGUGACAACCUUGUCCUGUUGUUUGAUGCUGGUGUUUUAUGAGGAAAUGAUAGUGCCUUAAUUCAGGUUUACUUGACCUGAAGUAGUGAAGCUGUGUGUAAUGUUAUGUUGAACCUUUUCCAAGGCAUUCUAAAAUUCAUUUGAUCAAAGCGAGGGUAUCAGAUAAAAGUUAUUUUACUUGUCACAUGUAUAAUUGUGUGCAAUAAAAGUGCUGCACUUCA